GACUUGCUAUUCAUCCUGGAUCUCACUGGCAGCCAACAACCAUACAUAGACUCAGUCAAAUCAUCCAUUAAUACCAUCUGCGCAGAGAUACUGGGAUCGGAUCAUUUGAAUUCAGCUCACCCAGGCAAUCUUCGCGUCGCAUUUAUUGGGUUCCGCGAUCAUUAUCCCCAGGAGGACUCUUUCGUUACCCGCCAAUGGGACUUUGUGUCAGAUAUCGCUCGAAUUCACGCAAAUCUGAGAAGUCUUCCUGGUGCUGACGGUGGUGGAGAUGGGCCAGAGGCCUCAACGGCGGCUCUAGCUCGAGCUUUAACGAUGGGGUGGAGGAAUGACUGCAACAAGGUCGCUGUAUUAGUAUCGGAUGCUCCGCCCCACGGUAUUGGAUCUCAAGGCGAUUACUGGCCCCACGGCGUACCAGGUGUUCCGGACCCUCUUGAUCUGGCGAGAGAGAUGCUCCAGAAGAAGAUCACUCUACACUUCGUCGCUUGCGAACCAAGCUUGAGUCGCUUCCAUAAUGCGCUUGAUUUUUACCGUGGUCUGACCCGCAUAACGGCGGGCAUUGUAGUGCCACUACUUGACGCCAGGGUUAUGUCGACCUGCAUCAUCGGUUCUGCUCUUGAAAGCCUUGCGAUUCAGGAUCUCGUCAACGAAUACAGGGAAACCCUCGAGGAGUUGGUUCCUUCACGAGAGCCCUCGUUGGUGGUGAAAUACCUCCAUGCCCUCAUGCGCGUCAGAGGGCGGACGGCCGACCAGCUGAUUAUGGAGAAUAUUUAUGCCAUGUCUGAUGAUAGGAAGGAAAAUGUUGAAAUUUGGUCGUCAGCUCGUAACCUUGCUGAUGCGAAGGCUCGAUUGCGGGUAAGCUUAUGA